AAAGGGACAUAGGCUACAUGCUAGUCGUACGGGAUAUACCAGAUCAAGAAUCAACUUUUCUUCUUUGAACGCAAUUUCUCCACCACAAGUGAAGUAAAAUUGUAGUAUGGUUGUAUUGCUUGUGACUACCAGUCGCAUCAGCAGCGCAACAAUACUCGUUUCCAUGCACGUGUCCACAACGUCAGGUGAUGAGGCGUGUCCUUGUGUUGAACGCUCGUACCCUGAAUGGGAUUCCAUAAAGGCAACGUGGGUGGCAGUGCUAUCCGCGAUUCCCAGUCAAUUGGGGCGACCCGUGGUUUGUCGAUCCAAACUCGAGAAAUCUCAAUAUCUAGCGUCAAAGGCUUGGUCGGGCUCUGUCUCCUCCCAGUGCGUACACAGGUUCUCCCUAAACAUCAUUUUGGUGUUUCUCACGAGCCUCUUUGGUCAACUGCCCUCAUCAAGUGCCUAUCCAAUCUCUCGGUCAACCGCAAAAUCGGGAAUUGUUAAGCUGUUGUAUGAUUUCGCUGCACCCUGGUUCCUGGUAUUUCGAUUGGUCGAGAGCCAAUCUCAACGAAGCCGUGUAAGAACUAUCGACCCCAAGUUCAAGAUCACACGUGUAUAUGACAUGGAGUCAGACAAGGUCAGUUGGUUCCUUGACUGGCCUAUAUCGCCGAGACCCGGAUAGAUAGAAGUCCCGCACGAUGGACAGAAUUCGCAGGGUCCAGCAUCUAUGAUAAUGGCAAUGACGAAAAUUCAGGGUCAUGUGCAUUGGGGACGGCAUCACUCAGAGUGGCUCAGCACUGUAUUGGCUGGUAUUGAGCGUUCUAAAUCCGUCGCUGUGCACAGUUUCUAAGGGCCGUAGGAACUGGAGCGCAUCGCGAAGUACACAAAGUUUCGUUCCAAACUCCUACAAUCCUGAUAUUCGCGAGACACAACCACAUCAAAUUGUUGAAGGAAACACAUUGGACCUCGAGUGUUGCUCUUCACGUCUGCGCGUGCCUAAAACAUGUACACGAAAUCAUAGCAAAUCAAGG